AUGAGGGGAGGAGGUUUAUGGCAACUUGGCCAGUCGAUCACCCGCCGUUUGUCCCGGGCCGACAAGAAGUCCGCCGCAGCCCGCCGGUGUUUCUCAUCCGAGGCUGAUUUGAAAAAGACUGUCCUUUACGACUUUCACGUGGCCAAUGGUGGGAAAAUGGUCCCGUUUGCUGGGUGGGGCAUGCCGAUUCAGUACAAGGACUCGAUCAUGGACUCAACUUUGAACUGCAGGCAAAACGGGAGCCUGUUUGAUGUGUCCCACAUGUGUGGCCUCAGCCUCAAGGGGAAGGAUUGCAUCCCGUUCCUCGAGAAGCUUGUGGUUGCUGACGUGGCGGGUCUGGCUCCCGGGACUGGAUCUCUGACCGUGUUCACGAACGAGAAAGGUGGAGCCAUAGAUGACUCGGUGAUUACGAAAGUGACGAAUGAUCAUAUAUACCUUGUCGUGAAUGCCGGGUGUAGGGAUAAGGAUCUUGCCCAUAUUGAGGAGCAUAUGAAGGCAUUCACAUCGAAAGGCGGGGAUGUUUCAUGGCAUAUUCAUGACGAGAGGUCCCUUUUGGCUCUGCAGGGUCCCCUUGCUGCCCCAGUUCUUCAGCACCUGAUGAAAGAGGACCUGAGCAAGAUAUACUUUAGCGACUUCCGGGUUUUGGACAUCAAUGGUGUUUCCUGCUUCCUGACAAGAACUGGGUACACGGGUGAGGACGGUUUCGAAAUCUCGGUCCCUUCGGAGAAUGCAGUUGACCUCGCCAAGGCCAUUCUUGAAAAAUCCGAAGGCAAGGUGAGGCUAACGGGCCUGGGGGCCCGUGACAGCCUCCGCCUCGAAGCUGGCCUCUGCCUGUACGGUAACGACAUGGAGCAGCACACAACUCCAGUCGAGGCUGGGCUCACGUGGGCCAUAGGGAAGCGGAGACGGGCUGAGGGCGGCUUCCUGGGUGCUGAUGUCAUACUCAAGCAGAUUGCUGAGGGCCCGCCCAUAAGGCGAGUUGGGCUUUUCUCAGCAGGCCCGCCAGCCAGGAGUCACAGUGAGAUCCAGGAUGAAGGAGGGCAGAACAUAGGAGAGGUCACAAGUGGGGGCUUUAGUCCCUGCCUGAAGAAGAACAUAGCCAUGGGGUACGUUAAGUCUGGGCUCCACAAGCCCGGAACCAAGGUGAAAAUUGUGGUUCGAGGAAAGUCGUACGAUGGGAAUGUUACGAAAAUGCCAUUUGUCCCCACCAAGUAUUACAAGCCGUAG